UGUAUUUAUCUUACAAAAACACGCUUAUAGGAAUAAUAUCUGUGUGCAGGGCUAUUAUUGUGUCGCCACGGUUUGAGCCUUUACGAUUGAUUUGGUAAUAGGUGGACAUUUCCAUCCGAUUGGGAUCAGUAUAUUGAAGUGACAGAACUGUUGAAUCAGAUCUUCAGAAAAAAAUAUUUUUCAUUCACGGAUAUCUACAAUUGUAAAGAGAAAGCAGCAUAUUUUUACAUCAAGGCAGAUAGUAGGAGCUGUAUGCAUACUAUCGGUUCAGACUACAUGGAGUCUCCGCUAGGACACCUGAAAGGCGAUUCCUACCCCUCACCCCCUCGGGCCCACUCCAGCCCUGGACCUACUCCCGGGACGAUCAGCCUCACCCACGGGAUGAUUCCGACGGUAAAUCACAACAAUAGUUUACUUAGUAAACUACACAAGGCGACGACUUACAGCUCGCCACCACCCAUCGCAUGUAAUCCGGACAACAAUAUAUGUAAAUUAAUUGAAUAUAGAAAUGCUAAAGUUGCAGCAUUUGUGGUGGAUGGUCGAGAACUUAUCUGCCUGCCCCAAGCAUUUGAACUUUUCCUGAAACACCUUGUUGGGGGACUCCACACAGUGUACACGAAACUCAAGCGACUGGACAUUCUGCCCGUUGUCUGCAAUGUGGAACAGGUGCGAAUUCUCCGGGGGCUGGGCUCCAUCCAACCGGGAGUCAACCGAUGUAAGCUCAUUUCAUGUAAGGAAUUCGACAUCCUCUAUGAGGACUGCACAAAUUCAAAUGCCCGCCCUGGACGUCCUCCAAAGAGGAACCCACACAUUCAUGCCAGUCCAGAAACUCUGGAGAAGCUGAAGAAGAGUCGCCUGGAUGGAGAUCACUUCCAGUACGAUCCAAGACUCUAUGGUCUUUCAAAUUUACUUACAGACAGGAAAUCUUUGUUCAACGGAUUUGCCCACCAUCCCUAUGCCAUGGGGCCACUUCCGUUCAUGCCACUGAACCAUCCAAUGAUCUCUCCUCCCACCUCCAUUGCUAUGGCAACCCAUCUGGGCCUGCGACCUGAUGGUUCCAUCAUCAAGGAUAGGUCAAGUUCGGAAUCUGACCUCAUGUCACCAAGAUCCAGGGAUGAGCGUCUGGAGGCUGCUAUGAAGAUGGGACGUGUGUCGCCCCACUAUGAAUCUGAAAGAUUGCACCGUACUUCUGAAUAUGACAACAACAAACCUCUGAACCUUCACAUCAACGGCCACACUAAAGACCUCAGCAACAGGUUCUCAAAUGGCAAAAGUGACGAUGAUGAUGAUGAUGAUGAUGACAGGCUCUCUGAUGAGAGAGAUGAUGACUUGGAUGACAGCUUGGACCCCAGUGAGUCUGGCAACAACAGUGAUAUUGGGGAGAAACAUACCGCCCCUCCUGCUUCCUUUCCUACAGAACUCCUCAAUGGAGAAACACCCUCCAUUUCAUCCAUAGAAACGCUCCUCCUCAACAUCCAAGGACUCCUCAAAGUCGCAGCGGAAAAUGCACGCCACCACGAAAGGCAGCUUAGCUAUGAAAAAGCUGAACUAAAGAUGGAGCUAAUUCGAGAGAAAGAAGUUCGCGAGAGUCUGGAGAAGCAGCUGUCUGCUGAACAGAGAAGCAAAGUUAUGCUUCUUAAGAGGAUAAAGAAAGAGAAGAAGAUUCGAAGGAAACUUCAGGAACAACAGAUGAUGGAUAUGUCACUAGAGCAGCACAUCAAACCCUCACACAGCCCCAACACAGCCAGUGUACCAAGUCCUGACUCUGUAAAAAACAACAAUGAAUCUGCAAGUGAAAAGGAAGCUGAGAAGGAGAUUCCCAGUGAGACUAUGGACAGGCGACUGAGCUGUAGCACAGAAUCACAAGAGCGCUCCAGUCACCUGUUUGAGAACUACCUUUCCCACAGCAGUAAUAGCACCACUAGGUUUCCAUACUUACCCAUGGUCAAGGAUGUACAAUAGACAUGUGGCACCCCAUACCUUUUAUCUUACCUUAAUGGAAUAAAUGAUCUCAGAAGAAUAGAUGAGUGGGAAAAUGUGAAGAAAGAAUGAAGUUUAAUGUUGUAAGGAAUUUGUCAAGAAAUCUGCCAUUUGUAAAACUUUGAACAUUGAAGAUAAAGAUUGAGUUCCAAUAUUGCCGGAACUGUGCAGACAAAGAUUGAGUUCCAAUCAAGUCGGAACAUUGAAGACAAAGAUUGAGUUCCAAUCAAGUCGGAACAUUGCAGAAAAAGAUUGAGUUCCAAUCUAGCUGGAAGGAGUAAUUGGUUUGGGAAGGAAAGCUGCCAUAUUUUGUCUAUUGAUGUGACAUCGCAGGCGGCUUUGUCAAGGAUAAACAAUGGGUAUUCAAAGACAAACAACCAAUCAAAGAAUUGAACAAGAAGUUCAAGGGCAAUAGCAAUAUGAUUGGACCUUUCAACAAUGUUAUUUUGCCCAAUCAGAAUCCUUGAGAGAGAUAUGUGUACAGAUAUAAAUAAUCUGAUUGGUCGACCUGUUUGUUGUGUAUGAUGUUUUAGUUAAAAUUUGAAUAAAUCAAAGUGUCUAUAUGUUAAGUUAAAUAUAUUUGAUCUAGAGGAAGAUUUUUCUACUCAUUAUUAGUUACUAUUCAUCAGUGUAAAUUCUGUUGUUGUAACGUGCUUGUUAAAUGAUGAACAUCUAUGUCCCAUAUCAGAACUACCACAGUAAAUAUUUAUGGGUGUAUAUAUGUAUAUUGAUAUUUUGUUACAACUUAUCAAUGUUUACUCUUUGUGCCAUUUUGUUGGAAAUCCAAUAAUGCUAAGACAGACAAGACAAAUUAUUCUAGAUCCUGUUUUUCUGAAUAUGUGGGACAUUACGAGUAUAAGCAGUUUGAUGUAAACCUAGAGUAUGUAUCAUAUUAAGGUGUCUGUGUGAUAUUAAUGGCGAUAAUUCUAGUGUUGGUAAAAACCUAAAGGUAACCUUGAUAUAUUUUAAACCUUAUAUGUUUAGAUAUAUGUUGAUAGGAACAAAAAUUGCAGAUACAUACAGUUUUAUAAAACAAUACAUGAAACUCUUGUAAUGAAAUCAAGAUUAGGUUGUCAAGGGGAUAUUUUUCUUGUGCUUCUUGUCAAUGUAGUUUUUCAUACCUGAUCUUAAUCCCCUAUUUCCAUAUCUCAAGUAAGCAAAUGUUAUGUGAUAUGUAAUUAUUAUAUGUUAGAGCUAUUUUUCAUACUAAGAAAGUUGAUGGGGACAAAAGCUGUAACAUGUUAGCAAAUGUUUUGUAUUAAAUUUAUUGUCUGGAGGCACACGUGUAAUCUUUAUUGUGUUUUAGAUAUUCAUGGUUCAUGUUCAUGGUUCACGUUCAUGGCUCACGUUUAGCUUACCUUUGGCUCUUGUGUUGUUCUGGAAUAUAUUUCAGUAUAAACUGUCCUGUUGAAUAAAUUUAGUUACUUUAUGAAUAUUCAUUAGUUUCAGAUGCUUUAUGAAUAUUGAUCAAACUAGAUGUUAAUCUCUAAAUCUAAGUCACAGUUGUCUUGGAGAAUUGUAUAUUGUAAUGCUGAUCCCUAUACUUAAACAUGACCCUGGCAAAUCACGUCAUGUAGAGUUGAGGAGGAGUCUUUCUCAUUUUAAGGGAAGCAUUUUUAGGGACAGUGAAUCCUUCAUCUGUGUGGAACUAGAAAUGAUCUUAGAUUUGUAGGAAUUGUCUCAUCACACACUAUAAUAGUGACAGGGUACUGCAUCUUUUCUAUGGCAAUAUUUGAAUUACUAUUUUCUUGAAAACGAAAAACCCCGCAAUACCUUUACACCUUUUUUACCUUAUUUUUACUAACUUUUACCUGUAACUUGUCCUCUCUACAAAUUUCGCUUUAUACAUCGAUGUCAAUUCACAUAGCAUUCUUCUUUUUAAAAUGUCGUAAUCUUGAUUAUUGUUGUUUACAUAAUAUGUACUUUUGUUUCUUCUCGAUAAAAAGAGAUUUAUAUCAAGACGUUCAUUGAUCCCUUUACACAUUAAAAUGACAGCUGAUGGCACUCAGACUUGUUUCUCUUGAGAAAUAAAAACUUCAUCCUUCCCUCAUUCUUUAUCGUACGCACAUAUUUUAUGUUCUUUUUGAAAUGCAAUUGUUUUUAGUGCAAUAAAGUAUAAUGUCUAUUUACAUUGACAGGAAACCUACCCAAACUACACCUAGCUUGGGUCAGUAAGGUACCCUCAGCUAUCCAUGUCCCCCUCCAUGUCCCCCUCCGUGUCCCCCUCUAUAACCACUCCCUCCUCACCCCUAUUCCCCCUCCAUGUCUCCCUCCUUAUCCCCCUCCUUGUCCCCCUCUAUAACCACUCCCUCCUCACCCCUAUUCCCCCUCCAUGUCCCUCUCCAUAAAAACUCCCUAAUCCCCCUCCAUGUCCCCCUCUAUAAUGAAUCCCUCCUCACUGCUAAUCCCCCUCUAUAUCCCCCUCCUUGUCCCCCCUCCAUGUCCCUCUCCAUAAACACUCCCUAAUCCCACUCCAUGUCCCCCUCCAUGUCCCUCUCCAUAAACACUCCCUAAUCCCCCUCCAUGUCCCUCUUCAUAAACACUCCCUUCUCACCCUAAUCCACCCCCUCCCUUUCUGUCGAUCCCAAACCACCUCGUAAACAGCAUAAGGGAAACAGGUUAAGGCCCAGCAUGUUUGUCAUUUUGACCUCUGUUUACUGAAACAUGCAUAUUCUGAAUUAUAUUUUCAUACUCGUACAAAUUUGGGACAAACUGCCCUGGUAGAUUGUCAUUGAAAAAUGUAAUAUCUAUAAUAUUACAAAAGAAAUAUAGAAUGAGGAUAUUGUAAGAAUGACUUGAGUCACACUUUAUGUAUCUAAAAACUAUUGUUUAAUAUUUUUGCACUCUGACAUGUUUUGAAAUACAAUAUAUGUAAGUUAUAUUACAGUGUUCUUGCCAGUGAUGAGUUCUACUUCCUAAGUAGAAGUUGGUGAAAUAUGUGAGUUGUAUUUUAAUAAUAUCUCUAACUGAUGAUAUAAAGCUGAUAUCGAUUUAGACAAACAUGUCUUAAAGUUUUAUCAAUAUCCCUCUGAAAUUGACAAUAUAUUUACCGAUACUUUUAACUGUAAAAACAUGCUAUUGUAAAGUGAUAAUCCUAUUUCUGAGCAUGUUGUGCUUAAUUUGGAUUGGAUUCACAACAUAUUGUUUUCAUUGGCUAACUGUUUUUGAUAUGCCAAUUGAUGAUUGCACUAAUUGGUUAAAAAAGUGAUAACGAACUCAACUAAAAAAAUAUGUAUAUUUUACAGUGAUUUAAGAGCUGGAAUAAGUUUAUUUUGAAGCUCUUUGACAUGCGUUAUAAAACGCAUCUUAGUCCGACUUAUGUUGUUUUAAGGCAUCAAAUAUAUCAACAUGAGAACAGAGACAUAAACAAUUGUUUUUAAAGCAUGUUUUUAAUUUGUUUUGGUGAGGAGUUAUGACAGGGUAUUAUUGACCUUUGACCCAUACAUCCGUGGGCGUUGUCCUGUGUAAGAUACCCCUAUACACUUUAUAGCUGUUGCUAGUAGAUAUUGUUUUCAGCAGUCUGUCGUUUGUACAGUCUAAUGUUAAUCUACUGUACAGAUGCUACAUUCCUUACUUGUGUCCAUGAGCCAGUGAAUUAAAAUAUCCUUUGUAGAAACAAA